AUGGGACUUUGUCUGAAGAGUUACAGCAUCAUACCCAGCCUCUCGUUCUGCAGAACUAGACUGGCCGUGCAAAACAAAUGUUACAAAAAAACCAACAAAAAACCCACUGUAGUUUUUGUUAACGGUGGUGAAAAUCCCAAUGCAUUGUUUCAGCAGUUAGGUGAGCUGCUCCGAGGCGUUAAUCUUUCUGUGUGCUUCUCCCCAGCUCUGGCCAUGGGCCUGUGUGUCGCCAUGAUCGCCUUCGUCCGGCUGCCAAGCCUAAAGGUCUCCUGCUUGUUGCUGUCUGGCCUGCUGAUCUACGAUGUGUUCUGGGUCUUCUUCUCAGCCUACAUCUUCAGCAGCAACGUGAUGGUGAAAGUGGCCACGCAGCCUGCAGACAACCCGCUGGACGUGCUGUCCCGAAAACUGCACCUGGGGCCCAACGUGGGCCGGGACGUCCCGCGGCUAUCACUGCCUGGCAAGCUAGUCUUCCCAAGCUCCAGUGGAAGCCACUUCUCCAUGCUGGGGAUCGGAGACAUCGUGAUGCCGGGGCUGCUGCUCUGCUUUGUGCUGCGUUACGACAACUACAAGAAGCAGGCCAACGGGGAGGUGCCCGGCACCCCCAACACCUCGGGGCGCAUGAACAAGGUCUCCUACUUCCACUGCACGCUCAUCGGAUACUUCGUGGGUCUGCUGACGGCGACGGUUGCCUCCCGGAUUCAUCGCGCGGCUCAGCCUGCUCUGCUGUACCUCGUUCCCUUCACUCUGCUGCCCCUGCUCACCAUGGCCUACCUGAAGGGGGACCUGCGGCGCAUGUGGUCGGAGCCCUUCCACUCCAAGGCCAGCAGCUCUCGUUUCCUGGAGGUAUGAUGGGGCCCCGUGGCCCGCGAGCACAGCCAGCGUGUGCAUGGACUGGUGCAGAGAAGCAGCUGGGUGCCCAAGGGUUUGUCUUGUGGUUUUGUUUUCUCAUCUCGCCCAAACCGGUGCUUUUUUUUUUUUUUAAGGCAUUAAAUAGGAAUUACUUUUACGACGACGAGAAGGAAAGACAAGGAAGGAAGGAAAGAAAGAAAGAGGACCCUGUGGACGGUUUUAUUUCAUUCCGAUUUCUUGUUCAGGAACUCAAUCCCUGUGCGGUUUAUAAACAAACCCUAUUCCCACUCUCUGGACUAGCCGUGGUGUCCGAGUCCAGCCACGGAAACUGAAAACUGCAGACCACCAACCACCUUUACUGUUGUUAUUAUUAUUGUUAUUAUUAUUGUUGUUCUUGUUAUUAUUGUUGUUAUUGUUACAUUUUUUAGAGGGGAGGGGGAGGGGCAGAUUUAAAGUGGUGAACAUUUAGCUGCUGCACUGUCAAAGGUCAAAGAUAAAUGAAGGAAAAAGGGGACCAGAAUCUAGUCUUGGACUUCAGUAUGAGGAGACAUGUCUAUCACGCGCUCGCUCUGUGAUUUUAAUGUAGAUUUCCUGUUUUGCGUGUGGUGACCUUGUUCCUCUCCAACCCCCCCCCCCCUUAUUGACGGGUGGGUUCUGUUGUGGUGUAGAUACUGCGUUUCAAAUUCCCUUGCCACCCAAUGUUGUGUUGAUGUGAAACCUUAGGUUGUGUGUUUUUAUAUGUAAUUUUUACACACACCACUCCAAGGCAAAAUCAUGUUGUAUAGAAGGCAUUGGCUGUCUGCUGCAAAUGGAAGCAUGUCUAGCUAUUAAAUAUGGCUCCUUGUACAGUAUAAUUCCUAUACCCCAGCCUCUGCCUCCGUUUUAAAAACAGACCUGUACCUUUUUUUUUGUGGGGGGUCACAAAUUAUGAUUAUGCAGCAAAAACAAAAUCAUGCGGAAUGAAUCUUCACACUGAAUCUUGUUGUAGUCUGUUCGUGUAUUACAGCAGCUUAGCAGUAUUGUCUCGCAUCUGUUUCUGUGAAGUAGUUCAGCCCCUCGCCUCCCCCUCUCCCUGUGUUGAAUCACAGACCAUGUCUUCUUUGUAAUGUCCUGGCUGUGUGGGGCAGCUCUUCUCCGCUGAGAACGUUUUAAUUGAACACUACUGAAUCUCUUUAAGCAAACCAGAGACAAUGGCAGCCACAGUGAAAGGCUGUUGUGAGUCUGGCUGUAACCGGAUGGUGCUUCAUGUCAGCUGGCUUUUUCGAGCCAGUCAGAUCGUGCAGGAGUGCCACAGCACUGGGAGUCCGUACUUCCAAGUCAGCAUUAUCUGUCAGUAUUCCCCCCCCCCCCCCCCCCCG